UACGAUGAGAUUAUGGCUACCUGGUCACUUACUAUCACAAUGAGGACUCUAUUCAGAUCCUUCCAGACAAACCCACUAACAAAGGAUUUGGAAGAAUUUGACCACAAUCUGAAAUUUCUUUUGCUGAUGUGCUGCUUAACAUUGUGGUCGCCAGUUGCAUGUGUGAGCUUGUCACUUAAACUGGAUGGAGCAAUACAGUCUCCACACAUGGCUCAUCAGUUGGAAAAAAGAAGUACUAAUUUUCUCCGAUAUGGAUUUGCAGUAUGCGAGCUUCCCUUUUAUGAAAUAUGUAAUUCAAAUGUAUCGAGAAUUGAGUGCUCAGCGUUAGGAUGUUGUUUCCACAAAGAAACAUGCUACAAGAAGGCUGUACCACAAUACAUGAAAGCCUUUGUUGGCUUGAUAUGGCUCCUCUUUGGGAUCUUCUGUUUGUUUCUGUUGCAGAGUUGUAUAGGUAGAAAGAAGUUGCCUGCUGUCAAAAAAAAGAAAAAGAGAAAGGAAGAAAGUGCAUCAUCUGAAACAGGUAGCAGUUCUACUGAGUCUCAAGAAGAUGAAUACUAGCUCACUAAUAUAAAAAAGUCAAGAAAGAAGCAGAUGCCGAAGUUGGAUUUCAAUCAACCACAAGUUUAUUCGUGAAUGACAGUCACUAAAUAAAUGCACUGGUUAAAACCAAUGUGUGGGGGAAGACAGCCUUCUGUCCACCUGACAUUUUGUGCAGAUCUCAUCUAAGGAUCCAGCUGCCAUUGUCCCUAAGUAGGUGUAAGUGAAAAAGAAAAAGGGAGAAAGUGAGGGGGUGCUGCCAGCAAGGUGCUUCUCCAGUGCCGUUGUGUCAGCUUUCUUCCCCCUUCAAUGCAUUUGGGAUCCCUCAGUUGAGGGAGGGACUGUUACCACUUAGAUGGAACCUUCUACUGAGAGUCACAGUGGAACUCUGUCUGUGGGAUCAGUGUCUUCUAUUACCUGUGGCCAAACUGUAGUCUGAGAAGGCAACAAGCUCAUCAGUGUUUGGUACUAAUGUUGCACUGUCUGGAAAGUGGGGGUGCCUAUUGUUCAUUCAGAAAGGUGCCUUUGUACAGUGUAGUUUCCACCAUGGAAGCAGUGACCAUAUUGACCAAUGCAGAUUUUACAUCCCUGUG